AUGCUGCUUCUUCUGUUCACAAGUGCUCUUGUCCUUCUGCCCUGGACUGGGGCUGGAAGGAUCAUUGGUGGACAGGAAGUUAAGGCCCACUCCAGACCUUACAUGGCUUAUUUAAAAAUUCAACAUAGCUCAAAAAUUAUUACCUGUGGAGGGUUCCUGAUUCGCCCAGAUGCAGUGCUCUCAGCAGCUCACUGUGUGGAUGGAGAAGGGAUAGUGGGGAUCACCGUGAUCCUGGGAGCCCACAACAUCCAUGGCUGGGAAUGGAGCCAGCAGAGGAUCCGUGUCAGACACUGGGUCAUCCAUCCCAACUAUUCCCGUGCUGGCUUCAAAAAUGACAUUGUGCUGCUGAAGCUGAAGCCACAGGCCAGGAUCAAUAAGGAUGUGCAACUUAUCUCCCUCCCCACGAGCAAGGAACAUGUGAGAGCAGGAGCUGCAUGUAAGGUGCCUGGCUGGGGCUGGACAUCUGUGACAGGGCGCACGACUAAUGUGAUGAGGGAGGUGAAACUGAUGGUGCAAAAUGAGACAAUAUGUCAGCAGCAAUUCCAGAACUACCAGCGUUGGUCCAUGGUCUGUGUUGGUGAUGACUCCAGUAAAAAGGCACCUUACCGUGGUGACUCUGGUGGCCCAUUGGUCUGCAAUCAGAAGGCUCAUGGCAUUGUUUCAUACGGACACAAAUGGCGCCUCUUCCCCAAGGUAUUUACCAGAAUCUCGUAUUUUGAGCCCUGGAUACGUGAGCAGCUGAGGAGGUUUGCACUCCAAGGGCCGCCUGGCUCUCCAUCCUCUGACUAA